UGGGGCGAGCGAGUUGACUAGCUUAGUUAUAUUACUGAGAUAUACGGGGCUCCAUGAACAUUGGAUAACACAAUGCCACCGCACUUUUGAUAUUAUUCAUCUCCAACGAGGCAGCAGUACUAUGGGAGUAUGGGUGAUGGCACUGGGCGCUUUUAUCAGACACGUGGAUUGACCAUGCAGGACAGAAAUUGACCAUGCUAAUACCUUUCGUUCGGCUAGUGAUUGCAAAAUAUUUACCUUUGGAGAGCACGGCUGUGCGGUGCUACUGCUACAUGCUGAAGCUGCCAUUUGUCUCCAUAUUUCUUAUUAUGAGCUUUACAUGUUCAUGUGCUUGGAUGUUUGACUAAAAAUCCUUGUAUUCUUUCCAACAAAAAGGAUAUAUGAGCUUCUGCAAGGCAGUGGUGACAAAAAGUCAGGAUGUAACAUCUUAAGGCAACGUUGACAAAACAAUUCAAUUGUAUACUGGCUGUCACCAUCUAAUGCUUGUCAUACUGUAAAACCUCAAUAUUACUCUGUAAUUGAGUUUCUUAGUGACUUGAUUGAGAUUGUAAGUUGUAACUCAAACAAAGGAAUCAAUCUAGUCAUGAGCAGGCUGUUGAUUCAUGGGGGAAACCUAAGCAGGAAGGAAGGUAUAAGUAACUGCAAGAGGAAAGAAGUCACCCCAGUCUCCUGAGGUCACCACAAAACCCAUCUGGGAAGAAAAGACAAGAAUGAAGUACAGAAGAAGCAAAGCUCUAAUCCUCUACAUCUAAUUUUCCUACUUCCCUUUCCAUUUGCAGUAACGCAUAGCUCUUUGCUCUACUUAUAGAGGAUCCAUCCACCAGCUUGGAUCCAGAAAUACAAAGCAAGGAAAGAACUUUGAAAAGGCUAACUGUUUCUGGUGUACCAAUUCUUCCAUGUAUAAUGAUUAAGGCCAACAGACCUGACAUACUCACAGCUAUGGCUGUCCCACAAGUUGAUAAGAAAAUGCUCAGUGAACUUGAAUCCAUGGGAUUCCCAACCACUCGUUCAAUCAGGGCACUCCAUUUUUCAGGUAAUUCCAAUCUUGAAUCUGCUGUAAACUGGCUUCUGGAACAUGAAAGUGACCCAGACAUUGAUCAGCUACCAUUGAUUCCACGAGAAAUCCCCAUUGAAUGCGGUGACACAUCAAAUGAAGUAAGAAAUGACAUUCAAGGAAUGAGGGAUCCCGUGCAGGAGCAGAAACGAGAAGAACGGACUGAAACUGGAAGACAGAAUGAGACAUCCCAGUUGGAACGAGAAUUAAAUGCAGAUGAACAGGAGGAAGAAGAUAGAAAGAGGAUAUUAGCACUAUAUAAGCAAAAACGAGAUGAGGAAGGAAGAGCAAGAGAGCAAAAACGAAAUCAGUUACAAGAUGAUCAGAGGGAGAGGAUUCGAGCUUCUAAAGAUCUUAUGGAAGCAAAACGAACUCUUGAGGAAAAUCAAAGAAAGCGCAUGAUGGAAAGUCGUAUAGCAGAUCAAGAAGAGGAGAAAAGAGCAAGAGAGAGAAUACGACAGCGUAUAGCAGAUGAUAGGGCAGAAAGAAGGAGAAGGCUUGGUUUGCCACAGGAAAAUCCUGCUGGGGCUUCAGUUCCGAUCAUAACGCCCACAAAGCAGGUAAAACCUGUUGAACGUGUUGUAACUUCAGAACAACUGAGAGAUUGCCUGCGAACUCUGAAGAAGAAUCACAAGGAUGACAGUGCCAGAGUCACAAGAGCAUACCAAACAUUGUUGAAGAUUAUCGCCAACAUUGUUAAGAACCCAGCAGAGGACAAGUUCAGGAGGAUUCGGCUCAGCAACCCUAUUUUCAAGGACAGGGUGGGUAACCUGCAAGGAGGCACAGAAUUCCUGGAGCUGUGCGGGUUCCAGAGGCUCAGCGCCAGCGGCUACCUGGUGAUGCCCAGGGACAGGAUCGACAUGACGCUCCUCAACGCCGCCGGAGUCGAGAUCGCGUCGGCCAUGGAGAACCCCUACUUCGGGCUGCUCUCCAAGUGAACGGAACAGCCACUAUCGAUGUUCUCGUCUGCUUGGUCGAGUACUGACUGAAACGGGGUGUGCAACCAGACGGACUUCAUCGUAACGUGUCGAGGCGUCACGGCUGACAGGAUCUGUCCCCAUUGCCAGUGCCAUUGUACAGAGUCACCCAUCAGAACAAAUGUACCAAAUCUCAUCCCGGAGAAAUAAAAUGGAACCAUGUACAUUGGUGUAGAA